AGAUUUUGCACAAGAAAAAGGAAGUCAAUUUCUGCAAGUUUAUUUUUGAUAAAAGGUGUCGUGCAAUUUCACGAUUUUAUUAAGGAGUUUCUGUUAGUAAUGUUUUAAUCGUGGUGUGAUAUUGGCCAUCAACAACACAAGAGAUCUGAGUAUGACAGUGGGAAGAUUUUAUCUACCUUUCAACAAAACAACAGCAGAGGAGGCUGUGUACUCACUUCCGUAUAUUGACAAUGCUGGUGGAGGUCUAACAAUGAGUAUCAGCAUGGCAUAUCUACAUAACAAGAAGCCUGUGGGAGUGUCGGGAUCUGCUCAUGGAGUACCUCGUACAAGUUAUCACAUACUUUAACCAGGCAGAUAAUUCUUACACUUUCAUAAUCAACGAGAAUGGGUAUACCAUAAUGCACCCCGCAUUCACUCGACCAAUCAAACCAGCCUUCAACCAAUGCAUAUGGACAUCUGGCAUUUUGAGAAUGUUCCAGGAUUUGAAGAUGUAUGCAGCAACAUGUUGAGGUACAAGAUGGCAUUUUUUUUUCUUACGGUAAUAAAUUCAGGAUUAUAAAUAUUGAGAUAUGAGUAUAAUAUUAAGUAACUCAUGUUCAGUUUUGAUUUCUUUGAAUUCUGUUUAAUUAUUAGUGGUAACAGCUCAUUUAUAAGAUUAUAUUUGUUAGGCAUAUUGAAAUGGUGUGAGUUUCAAGUAAGUAUGCUACAUAUUAACCACAUAUGAGCCGUGCCAUGGGAAAACCAACAUAGUGGGUUUGCGAACAGCAUGGAUCCAGACCAGCCUGCGCAUCCAUGCUUUUCGCUAACAGUUUCUCUAAUUCCAGUAGGUUUUGAAAGCAAAUAGCAUGGAUCCUGACCAGACUGCGUGGAUGCGCAGGCUGGUCUGGAUCCAUGCUGUUCGCAAACCCACUAUGUUGGUUUUCUCAUGACACAGCUCAAUUAGGCAAGUACUUGUGAUAUGAUGGUAGAUAAUGAAAGGGUCAAAUUUUGCUUUGUCCCAGGUCCCAGAUAUGUAUAGUAUUGUUGUUGGAAAUUGAGAAAUAAUUUGAAAAUUUGUAUUAUAUUUGUAGGCGUGCUGGAGGAGAACAGACAAUGUAGAUAAAAGAAACAGGCAAUUAUACUGGUGUUCUUACCACAUACAAGGUUUUCCAUGCAAAAUAUGUCUGGAAAAACAUGCAUAAUGAAGACAGAUUUUUUAUGGUCAGAUGUUACAGAUGAAAUAUUACUUUGCUGUAAAUUUCUAUUCUUAUCUUAGGUCAAAUGAUGUGAUUGUUUAUUUCUUUCCAAAAAUACUUUGGAGACCUUUUACAUAUGGAUCUCUAGGAUUGAAGACAGUUUUUCAUGAAAAGAAUUAUAUUUUUGGAUUGCAGGUUGACAAUACACCAUUUAUUGUGGUGGUCAAGAUCCUGCAGAAGUAUGAUAAUGUCAAGCAUCUCAAUAACCAUGUGAGCCUAUCUGACCUAGUGUACCUUGGAAUAGAUAUUUUACCAACCAACAAAAUGUGCCUACAUCUGAAACAGCUAGCUACAACAGAUUCCAGCACAGUUUUCCUGUCAGCCAAUAGUUUUAUGAACCCAUUUGAACAUCUCAAUCAGGGAGUAAACAAGAGAACGGUGCAGAGUCAUGUGGCUUAUCUGAAAGAUGAUACGCACCUCAUUAGCAUCCCAGGACUUAAGGAGACAGUAAGAAAUGAUGUAGCUGCUACAGCUGUUAUAGAUAAGGUUCCAGGUCAGUGAACUCAAGGAAUACAUUGUCAGGCGUUAGGUUACUACUUCCAGUGGUGUGUUCAGGUCUUAUCCCGUAGCCUUUUUUGAUGAAACAUAUGAUCCUACAAAACAGCCAUGGUAUGAACAAGCAAUGAAAUAUCCCAGCCAGGUGACACUGACAGCACCAUAUUUGGAUGUGGGCAGAGCAGGCUAUUGUCACAAUAAGUCACACUAUCUUUUUGAAGGACAAGCUCAAUCACUCCACAGUGCCACAGAUAAGAUUAUAGCUGUGAUGGGUAUUGAUUUAACACUUCGUUACUUCUACAAGAUGAUCUUUGAUCAUAUAGCUGUCUGCAGACUGUCUGGUAUUUUUUCUGAUCAUUGAUGAUGGUUAUAUGAUAGCACAUCCAUCACUGGUAGAACCUGAUGGUUGAGGUCCUGUUGAAGAACAGCAUAUUACACAUAAAGAACCACCUGUUGCUAAUGAUAUAUACUGAACCAUCCAUAUUUUGUGCAUAAGAAGUUGUGUAACAGAUACAAUGAUAUACAGCAGUUCUACAAGUUUAACACAAGCCUUGAUGGUGUAUUAACUAACUUGGUACAUGGAGAACACUGUGCCAGAUACCAGAUUGUCUCAGCGCCAGGAACCAAAAAAAAAAAAGGAAUUUGGGGGAGGGGGCAGGGAUGCACGAUCAGGGUGGUGGUCAUGACUUGAGUGGAGAGUGAGGUUGAAGAGCCACCACACAAAGACUGGAGAGCCAUCGCCAGAGAUUUAGACGACACUGAGUACAUUGUUGAGGGUUUGAGACCAGGUCAUGACUAUAGGUCUAGGGUCCGAGCCAAGACACCAACCGGUAUAGUCAGUGUGCCAUCACCUGCAGUAUCAUUCUACACAAAACUUGCCCAGACCAGGGCACCAGUUGACAGACUGGAAGUGUUACAGUAUGAGCCAGAUACCACAAGUGUGAAUUUGUCAUGGGACCAUGUUGAUAUUCCCCCAUACAAUAUAGAUGAAGAACCAUUGAUGUACAUGUUGGAAUACCAGGAAUCACCACUGCCUGAGUGGAGAACACUUGUUACAGGAAUACCAACUACCAGAUACAGAGUGAUGCACCUUUACAGAAAAAGGGACUACAAUUUCAGGGUUCGAGCUCUUACACCUUACGGAGUCAGUCCACCAUCCCCAGCUCAGCCUGUAACCAUGAUGCAGACACCAGUUACGAGAGGUUUGCCAGAGAAAGUUAUAAUCUCAGAAGUGGAGCCUCACUCUCUGAGGUUGACAUGGCGACGACCUAUGUAUGACCUUGAUAAACCAAUCAAUUACCAGGUAGAAAUGUUGGAAUCUCCCUUCUCUGAAUGGCGACCAAUAGCAACAAGAGUCUUGGAAACUACCUAUAAAGUCACAGGUCUGAAGCCGACCAGGGACUACCAGUUCCGUGUGAUCCCUCAUGUAGACACUAGGUACCUCGCUCCUAGUCCAUCAGCAGCCCUAACCACCAUGCCAGUUAGUUUGACUUGCUCUACAUACCAUACCUAUGAGUGUACCUUUGCUGUCAGGAACAGGCAUCAUUUACAGUCUUACGUUGUUGUUUGCAUAUUCUUGAGCAAAGGAAGAAAAAUCUUUAUAAUGUCCUCUUUAAAUGAAGCACCAAAGUUUGCUUUGAAGGAGCCUUCAAUCCGUGAUAUAUCACAGAAUAUUGUACACCUGACCUGGACACCAGCAGAGAUUCCAGACAGUACCGAGAGUAUAUCAUACAUGGUGGAGAUGCAGACGCCACCAGGAAUCUCUACUUGGAGUGUACUGCACAGAAAGCACCCGUCACCCAGUGUACGCCUUGCUGACUUCAGACCUGAUUUAGACUAUCUGGUACGAGUGAGAGCACAGUGUGGUUCCUACCGCAGUGAACCUACACAUCCUGUCUAUAUACCAAGACGUGCAGCUCCACCAAGACUGCCAGUAGAGGAGCCAUAUGCUGUGGACAUUAACUCAGACUAUGUGAAACUACAAUGGAGAUCAGCUGACCUACCAACACAUAUACAAGAUUACGCACCAGUUACAUACAGGCGUACUGUAUGUGACCUUGACACGCCUUGCUGCAACCUUGACGCGCCUUGCUGCAACAUUGACACUCUUUACUGCAACCUUGACACCCCUUGCGGCGACCUUGACACUCCUGCAAAGUUGUUUUCCUGCAUGUAUCCACACACAUGAAGGGCUGGCGGCUAACGAAGAACUAUGGUCUCAUACUGAUGCUUAUCCAUAUUUUGUUUACAAUACUUACCUCCUUAUACGAGUUCAAUGUAUUUUGAUCUGUUCAUCCAAAAGAGUGUGAUUCAAAUGAUUAAAUGAGUCGUGCCAUGAGAAAACCAACAUAGUGGCUUUGCGACCAGCAUGGAUCCAGACCAGCCUGCGCGUCUGCGCAGUCUGGUCAGGAUCCAUGCUGUUUGCUUUCAAAGUCUAUUGCAAUUAGAGAAACUGAUAGCGAACAGCAUGGAUCCUGACCAGACUGCGCGGAUGCGCAGGCUGGUCUGGAUCCAUGCUGGUUGCAGAGCCACUAUGUUGGUUUUCUCAUGGCACGGCUCAAAUAAUUGGUCAGUAAGAAUCCUAUGUCAAAGAGUUUAUUAGUGGAUCUCCUUCACUUUCUUCUUUUUUUCCCAGUAUUUAUAUCGUAUUGUUGAAUUACAAAACAUUUUGAAUAUAUAUGUGUGUGAGUUGGGUUUUAAGGCGAAUCGACACAAAAUGGUCAUAUAUCGCCGAGUUUGGAUAUAUGUAUGUAUGUGAUAAAUAUAUAUAUAUGUUGUAUGUGAUAAAUUAAAUGGUUGUAUAAUAUUAAAUUGUUUAGGUACAUUUUUUGUACACAACAUUUUUGACAUAGUUAACUUGUACAGAAUACUUUACAUAAAAAUUAUAAAUGUUUUUCAGUCUUAAUUGUUUUUCCAGUAAAAUAGGAAUAUACAUCCUUUCAUAUUAAAAUGUGAAUCAAAAUAUAUAAUUCCAUUCACCUCCUUUAAACAUAGUCAUUUUGAGGUCUUUAUGUUGCAAUAGACAUUAUGUUAAUAUAUAGAGGGUAUUUUGUUUGUUUCAGUGUAAGAGAUAUUAAUAUCUUUCACAAGUGAAUACCAGAGGCAGUAUUUUCAUGAAUGGCAUGGCUGCGUGUGAAAAUGUAAGACAUAGUGUUCUUGUGUGAAAGAUAUUUAGAUUUUACAUGUAAAACAAUUUUUCUGUUUAUGUUUUGACAAAAUUUACCCAUUUUAUAGUUUCUUACCAGUGAAAAAUACAAAUAUUUUUACUGUGAAAAUACCAGAUAAUCGGUACUGUGAAAUCAUUCGUGGGGGACUAAUUUUCAUGGUCGAGCCAAUCCAUGAAAUUUAAUCCCAACAAACAAGUAAAAUUCCCAUUCAUUUUAGGUUCAAAAGUUCACGAAUUUAUAUCCCAGGAAAUUGUCAUUUUGACCAAAACCAUGAAAUUUCAUGCUCAUGAAAUUAAAUGAUUUUAAGGUAUUUCAAUAUUCACUAAAAAUCGUGUAAUUAAUUUUGAUCUUACACUUAAACACACAAAAAAUCCUGUUUUUGUUUGGCUACAAGGCACCUAUUUAGAAAAAAAAUAUUUUGUUAAGUGUUAGCAGUCUUUUAAUAAUGGAACAUCAGUGUGUGGUUUGUUUGCCAACAGCUAAAAUACUGCUGUAUCCAGAUAUUGCCGUCUUAAGGUUCAUGAUCUUGUUGUGAAAAUGAAAGUUUCAGAUAUUUUAACAAAUUCUUAUUGUGAUACAAACUUUGUUCUACAAGUGUCUUACAAUUUACAGUUACUUUGUGUUCUACAAGUGUCUUACGACUUACAGUUACAGUCAAACUGUGUUCUACUAGUGUCUUUAAGUCACAACUUACAGUUACUAUGUGUUCUAGAAGUGUCUUGCAAUUUACAGUUACAGUCAAAUUUUGUGUUCUAUAGAAGUGUCUUGCAACUUAGUAACAGUCAAACUUCGUGUUUUACAGGUUUCUUGCAGCUUUAUCUGGCCCCGCAAAUGUCAACUAGAUUCUACUUUGACAAUAAAUAAAUCAUAAUUCAUAUUCCAAUCUUCCAGACUGAAGUAUUUACAUAUUUAUAUGCCACUAUGUUCUGGCGUGUUUGUUUCAGUGCCAUCAUGUAGGUGAUAUGUACUGUAUUUAAAAACUGUAUAUAUAAACUUUGAAUGAAGAUUUUACAUCUGAUUUCUAAAUCUGACCUUAGAUGUUAUUAGAAAUAACAUUUUCACAGCAGUAACUAUGAAAUUCUGUUUUAUGCAACACUUUCCUUUUGUAGGGAGGUUUUUAUAAUAGCUAGCAUAUGGCUAGCCGAAUGAGGUAUCGAGCUAAAAUGUAGUACUGUAAAAUGUGAAGAAUUUGCAUGGUUAGAAUUGAAAUAAUAAAUAUGUUCCAAUAGUUAAUAAAAUAUAGGCAGUCAUUUCUGAUGCGAAUAAUAAAUCACUCGUGCUACGCUCUCAUGACUUAAUUAUUACACAUCCAAACUGCUGCCUAUAUUUUAUUACAUGAUAAAAUAUAGGAAAAAUUUAUUAUUUCUUAAAUGUAACUGAUUUCAUAGUAACAAAUGAGCUUUUUUUUUAGAUGGAGCAUAUUUUUUUUUUUUUGUAUACACAUUGAAAUAACUAGAUGUGAAUAAAAUCUAGUAAUACAUUACAAGUUGUUAACAAAAUAUAUUUUUCAUACAAGCGUGUAAAUUUAUUCUCAGUUACAUAAUAUCAUAGUUCUUAUGUGACAUCAAGUGAAACAUUUGUGUGAGCAUGAUGUCAUAGUUCUUACGUGUCUUCAAAUGAAAUGUUUUUGUGAGCAUAAUGUCAAGGUUCUUAGGUGAGAGCAAGUGAAAUGUCUUAUGUGGCAACAAGUGAAACGUGUGUGAAAUGUCAUAGUUCUGAUGUGACAAUGUAUGAAAUGUCUGUGUGAGCAUAAUGUCAUAAUUCUUAUGUGAUGUCAAAUGAAAUGUCUGUGUGAGCAUACAAUGUAAUGUCAUAGUUCUUAUGUGACAUCAAGUGAAAUGUCUGUGUGAGCACAAUGUCAUGUUUCUUAUGUGACAUCAAGUGAAAUGUCUGUGUGAGCACAAUGUCAUAGUUCUUAUGUGACAUCAAGUGAAAUGUCUGUGUGAGCAUAAUGUCAUAGUUCUUAUGUGACAUCAAGUGAAAUAUCUGUGUGAGCAUAAUGUCAUAGUUCUUAUGUGACAUCAAGUGAAAUAUCUGUGUGAGCACAAUGUCAUAGUUCUUAUGUGACAUCAAGUGAAAUGUCUGUGUGAGCAUAAUGUCAUAGUUCUUAUGUGACAUCAAGUGAAAUGUCUGUGUGAGCAUAAUGUCAUAGUUCUUAUGUGACAUCAAGUGAAAUGUCUGUGUGAGCACAAUGUCAUAGUUCUUAUGUGACAUCAAGUGAAAUGUCUGUGUGAGCACAAUGUCAUGUUUCAAGUGAAAUAUCUGUGUGAGCACAAUGUCAUAGUUCUUAUGUGACAUCAAGUGAAAUAUCUGUGUGAGCAUAAUGUCAUUGUUUUUCAAUAACAAAUGAUAAGCCUUAGAAGUCAAUGAUAUGUAUUAAAAUGGGGCUUAAUGUUCACUUAAUAGACUCAAUAGUUAAUAGGCUGGUAAAAACUAUCAGUAAUUUCUAUGUUUGGAAAUGUUUGUUCUAGGUAAAAUCUAUUAAAAUAAGCCAGUAUUUCAGUCAGGAUAUAUAAUUCUACCGUUUGUACAAAAAUAGUAAAAAAUGCACAUUUUCACCUUGUUAUGGGCCUAGCUCAAAAAGAAUUUUAUAUAAAUUGAUGAAACCUUACAUGAGUCUUUAUCAUGAUAUGAACUUGUGCACCUCCUAUUUUUCGUCUGGCUCAACCCACUGUUUUCAGAGUUAUGGCCCCUCAAAAAGUCAAAAUGCACAUUUUCACCUUGUGAUGCAUCUAGCUCAAAAAGUAUUUGAUAUGGAUUCAUAAAACCUUGCAUGAGUCUUAAUCGUGAUAUGAACUUGCGCACCUCCCAUUUUUCAUUUUGGUUUGCCCCCUAUUUUUAGAGUUAUGGCCCCUGAAAUAGUCAAAAAUUCACAUUUUCACCUUGUGACGCACCUAGCUCAAAAAGUAUUUGAUGUUAAUUCAUGAAACCUUGCCUGAGUCUUUAUCAUGAUGUAUCCUUGCACACUUGGUAUUCUUCUUGAGAAUCUUAGUGCUUUUACAGAGUUAUUGCCCUCGAAAUAACCAAAAUAGUGAAUUUUUUGUUUGUGAUACUCAUAGCUCAAAAAGUAUAUGGCCUAGAAUAAUGAAUCCUUUUCAUAAAAUGUUUGUUGAGGCUAUACCCCAUUAAGACUGCAAACAUCUGAAUUAUUGCCCCUUUUUUAUGACAAAUGUACAGUGGGGGGCACACCCUGUGUCCUACAGACACAUUCUAGUUUCAUAUGUUCUAUAGAGGAUAUUACAUGAGUGUCAAAUCAUAUCGAAUUUAUUAAAUGAGUUGAAUAAAAUAAUAGAAUGUAAGGCUCUGUUGA